AUGUCAAAUUAAACUCUUUAGAAUUAAAGUAGCUUAGAUACAAGUUUUUAAAAAGGAGCUAAAAAGAGAUGUUAAUGGACUUUAAAUAUGCAUAUGCAGAAGCAGAGUAUAGAUGAUUAAAUUAACUCAUCGUAAUCUAUUAAAGCCAAUAAUAAUAUAAGAUAAAAUAAUUGCUUAGAUGGUAGUAUUUUGAAUCCACAUUUACCUGUCAACGCUAGUUUCAUAAUAACUGAUAGCUAUGAUUCGAAUAAACAAGAUAAUUUUACUUAAGAGUAUUUAUAGUAUAACUCAGUAGAUAUUUCAUAAUAAUUUAAUCCUAUUAAAUAGCAGAUGUAGAAAUAAGCUAAUUAAUAAGAAUGUACUUUAGAGCAGAAAAUUAUAUUGACUUAAAUUGAAAAAAAAGAAGAAAUCAUAGUAGAAAAUGAUGACUGUAAUUCUGAUUAUUAAAAAUAAAUGCCAUUUUCUAACUAUUAUGCAGGAGAUUCCUUAAAUUUUGGAAAGUGCUUAUUUGAGAGGCUUGGUAUAAAUGGGAAAUAUACUUUACCAUAAAGCUUGGCUCUUUUUUUUAAUAUUCACCGCUUUGUAAAAAAAGUGAAAAAUACUGAAAAAAAUAAAUUUAGAAAUCUAACUCUAGCUCAACACGAAUACAUUAAUGAUAUUUCAUCGAAUUACAAUUACUUCUUACACAGAAAUAAAUUUAGGACAACUCCUAACCUUUACGAACAAUGGAAACAUAAAUUUGCACGUAAGUUAAUUCAUAAAAAAAAGUGA